AUGACGACAACAGCGGUCUUCGGCAGCACCGGCUUCGUCGGCUCCCACAUCCUGUCCACCCUCCUCGGCCUGGACUCCGUAAAGGCCGUCCACACGGUCUCCCGUCGCGCCCCGAAAGCUGAAGGAUCGAAGCUGUCUGCACAUGUCGAAGGCGACAACUCGAAAUGGACAACCGCCCUGUCCUCGAUCGCGCCGCCGCCCGAGGUGGUCUACUCCUCCGUGGGAACGACGAGGGUAGCUGCCGGAGGGAUCGCAAACCAGUGGAAGAUUGACCACGAUUUGAAUGUCGAGAUUGCGAAGGCCGCCAAGGCGAGCGGCGUCAAGACCUUCGUCUUCAUAUCAUCCGGCGGCACCCGCGGCUUCUUGGCGGACCGAGUCCCGUACUCCCAGAUGAAGCAGGGAGUGGAGGAUACAAUCCAGUCUCUUGGCUUCGAGCAGGCUAUUAUUGUCCGCCCAGGUUUCAUCCUCGGCGAGCGCGAAGCCGGCCCCAAGCAUGCUACGACCAUCGCACAUACCAUCGUUGACGCCAUGCCGGGCAUGUUCAAGGACAAGAUAGGUCAGCAUGCUUCUGUUAUCGGGCGUGCCGCUGUCAAUGCUGCCGUUCUAGCUCAGCAAGGGAAGGCGCCGAGCAAGUACUGGGUCAUUGAGCAGGCCGAUGUUCUGAAGCUUGGUCGCGACGAUUAUAAGCUUGAUUCGGAAGCCAAGCCGACUGCUUAA